GUCUACGCCGGAAAACUCGCAAACGGCUCGUGGGUCGCCGUUAAACGACUCAGACGGCGAGACACCAAAAGCAUCGACCAAGUCGUCAACGAAAUCAAACUUCUCUCUUCCGUUAACCACCCGAACCUCGUACGUCUCCUCGGCUGCUGCAUCGCCCAUGGCGAACCCAUUCUUGUCUACGAGUUCAUGCCCAACGGGACGCUUUCUCAGCACUUGCAACGCGAAGGAGGAAACGCGCCUCUUCCCUUGCGGCUGCGGCUAGCGAUCGCGUCUCAAACCGCUAACGCAAUCGCCCAUCUACACUCCUCUGUCAACCCUCCAAUUUACCACCGCGACAUCAAGUCCAGCAACAUUCUCCUCGACUACAGCUUCAACUCAAAGAUCUCCGAUUUCGGUCUCUCCAGACUCGGCAUGACCGAGUUCGACGCCUCUCAUAUCUCCACGGCUCCGCAAGGGACACCUGGUUAUCUGGACCCACAAUACCAUCAAGAUUUUCAGCUCUCCGACAAGAGUGACGUCUACAGUUUCGGUGUCGUUCUGGUCGAGAUAAUCUCGGCCAUGAAAGUGAUCGACUUCUCUCGGCCGUUCAGUGAAGUGAACCUGGCCGCCCUUGCGGUCGACAGAAUAGGGCAAGGCCGAGUGGAAGAGAUUGUAGAUCCGUAUCUCAAAACAGAGACCGACCCGAGAAAGUUUGGGUAUGUUCAAAAUGCGGCCGAACUUGCUUUCCGGUGCUUGUCCUUCCACCGGGACAUGAGGCCUACCAUGACGGAAGUCGCAGAAGAACUCCAACGAAUUAGGGUUUUGUAUACUGAAGCUGAGAAUCCGGAAAGCUCAGUUGAUGGGGUCAAAAGCUGAACCCCCUUUAUGGUUUCAUUCACGGUUUCUUGCGGUCCAAGUAAACGAUCCCUGAGAUAUAAACGGAAGGAUUGCAGAAGUUUUGUAUAGACAAAGUCUAAGCUAUGAUCUCAUUGAACCACCCUUGUAAACUAAACAAUUUAUUUGUAUGUUUUUUUUUUUAACUCGAACGACGAACAUUGAUAAAUA